AUGCAGACUCCUACAAACCGUACCUCGUCUCCGGCUGAUCCAUCUGCGGUGUCCUUGCUGAUUACGCUACCCCCUGAACUUCGUAAUUGCAUCUACGAAUGGCUGUUCGAACGCGACGAUCCAGUCCUACUGCAUAAUCGGGAUUCAUUCCACGAGGCAGGACCGUCACUGAAAGUGUAUAACGGCUGGCCCGACCCCCAAAAAGCCGAUGACCGACGCUUACAAGUGUACUACAGCAGCUACGAGGCUGAAGUUGGAACCGAUGACGUCUUCCGACAUGAUUUCCACCAAGGCCUCGCUUUGCUAUCGUCUUGCCGCCAGAUACACGACGAAGCUUCCGGAAUUCUAUACGGCGGCAACACCUUUGUAUUCUCCAGAGUGCUUCAACUUCACCAUGCGGACGAUGACUCUCUGGACACUCUGCACGAAGAUGAGGACUACUUCCAGGUCAACUACGCAGCUCAAUGGCUAAACACAAUUGGAUCGCAGUUCUGCUACCUCAAGGAUGUCAUCAUCGAUACAGACACGAUGUGUGGUUGGGGCCGAUGUUGGGGCAAUGAGAGGAUCGAGCUCCUGCCUCUGGUACGUCUUGUCUGGAAGAAUGCGGACUUCUUCAACGUACUCUCAUUCGAAAGCACUGGCAGAUUACCAGUCUGUCAUGAGCUCAACGGCAAGAUGGAUGAUGGGUUAAAGCUGACGCCCAUUGACAUCGCAACCUUCCUUAAUAACUUGUUUACGGCCUUGGCGAGGGACGACGUUCUCGACAUCCGCAAGUAUCGCAAGUCUAACCGUCUCAUGGAUUAUGUUAGCAUACAUUCAUUUACUCGAUUCCCACCAAUCGGUUCUAUGGGCUUCCGUUUCAAGGAAGGAGGAGAAGGAAGAGACUCGCGGUCGUUUGUCGUACUUGAACAAGGCAAAAAGCUUCAAUGGAAGCCAAAGAAGAAGCAUCACAACCCAUUCCACACCCUACUAGAUGGGACGCGAGAACGGAUAGCAGAGUUGGUAUUGCGCCAAACAAACGCAAUUACGAUUGACUUGACCGAACACACUGUACACGGUCUCGACUUCAAUCUCCAUCACGCAGGCGUACUCCACCCGCAUUCGCUAGGAGAACAGUUGGCACGCCUGAAUCACAUCACCUUGAAGGUGACGAGCCAUCAAAUUAUCACAGAUCUUGAGGACUUCGACAAGCUAGGAGAUGAUUUCUCUUGCUUUGAUCAUAUUCCGUACGUUCUCAAGAUAAUGAGAAAAUGCUGGCGAACAUCCAACCCACAAACCAUUCUAGUGGAAAUCCAACCUCGAAAAGCAACCAUACUAUCUGCUAUCCGAGUCGACAUCAAAGGUUUGAUGACUGUACUUCGUACCGAUCAACUACACUCCGAAUCCACGCUCCGCCUAACACUCAUUCCCCCUACGAGCACCGGCGCACCACAACAAGUCACCAUCAUCUCAACCGCCAAACUCCAGCGGCAGGUCUUCCUCCUCCUAUCCGACGUUCUCCUCAUUCACGACGAAGAACUUUCCGAGUGCCCUGGUCCAUCAACCGUCGAAGCCAUACUUGAUGACUUGUUGUCUUUCCCCAAUCUCUGGAUCGAUGGCUACGGCAAUCUCCUCAACGCAUGUACUGCCGAGAUGGCUGUUCCAGUAGCAUUCGAAUAUGGCAAGCUCAGCAUGAAGGAGUUGGGCGUACUGGGGUACAGUAGAGCUACCACUAUGGAUUGGAUGCAUAAGAUGUUCGAGAAGGCAGAUGAUAAUAUCACACGCGCGCAUAUUGUGCAUAUCUGGGAUGAUAUGAGGAGGUCGUUGUAUGGGGAUUGGGAAUUGAGGCUUGCGCCGCCGGGGUUGAAGAAGUUUGCGCGGCAGGAGUGA